AUGGUGAAGUACUCUCAAGAGGCCGACAAUGCCACCAAAUCAACCAAGGCCAGAGGCGCCGACCUUAGGGUUCAUUUCAAGAACACUAGGGAAACCGCGUUUGCCAUCAGGAAGUUGCCACUCACCAAAGCCAAAAGAUACUUGGAAGAUGUUUUGGCCCACAAACAGGCCAUUCCUUUCCGACGCUUCUGUCGUGGUGUUGGGAGGACAGCCCAAGCCAAGAACAGGCAUUCCAAUGGGCAAGGACGUUGGCCUGCCAAGUCUGCUAAGUUUAUUCUUGAUUUGCUCAAGAAUGCUGAGAGUAACGCUGAAGUGAAAGGUUUGGAUGUGGAUGCUCUCUAUGUUUCUCAUAUUCAGGUCAAUCAAGCUCAAAAGCAAAGACGUCGUACUUACAGGGCUCAUGGAAGAAUCAAUCCCUACAUGUCAUCCCCAUGCCACAUUGAGCUCAUUUUAUCUGAAAAGGAAGAGGCUGUCCAGAAAGAGCCCGAGUCCCAGUUGGCGGCAACAAACAAGAAGAAGUCUCAAGCUCUUCGAAGUGGUGCUUCGUCUUAA